AUGAGUAAAAUCACAAAAGAGGAAGCCUAUAAGUUAAAGAAAUUGUUCUUUAAAUCCUAAAAUAUGCUAGAUAAUUAUUAACCUAAAAAGUAUACAAAUAAUAACUCUCGAUUACCAUCUAUUCAAACUAAUCAAUAUCCUAUAUUAGUCUAACCUAUGAAAAAGUGUAUAACUCAAUCUAUUAAAGAACUACUUGUAUUUUUUUAAUCAUUAUUUAUUAGAAUACAAAUGUUUAUUAAUAUGUUGAAGGAAUUCUGUACACAGAAGAUUUUGUUAAUCCCCUCAAAAAAUAAGUGUCCAAAGUUAAAAAAAUUGUUAGAUUUGUUGAUUGA